UGACGUUCCAUGAGGAAAGGGACCUUAGCUGCAAAAAAAUGAAAAUUGAGUUUUUGAUAUCAGUCGAUAGAUCUUGAGUUGCUCUUUCAGAUACAAAAGUUAAAAAUUGUACUUUUCUAUUUAGUUUUUUUGUUAUAAAGCAUUAAUCAUGACCAUGUUAAUCGCGUUCCAGCACGGACUACAGAAACCAUCCCCACCACUUCUACACUAGUAUACUUGUCGUAAGCGUGAGCUGUAGGAACGAUGUAGUAGUAAGGUGGUGGGGCUGAUUUUCGAUGGAGGGUCUCAACCAAUCAGGGACGCUCUACUUUAAAUACCUUUUCUGGAAAAUGCGUCUAUUGCAGCUAAGGUCCCUUUCCUCAUGGAACGUCACAUUUAAAGCACAGAUUUCCAACGGUUUUCAAGAUGGCGUUUAUAACAAUUGUUGCCAUAGUCUUCUUGGCCAAAGUAAUUAUAAAGAGUAUAUAAUAAAAAGGUAAUGAAGCAUCUUUAAUAUAAAAGAGAAUAAUUUGAUGUGAAUUUAGAUUAUUAAAAGUUUUUAAAUAAAUUCUACCAUGUUUGAGGAUUUUACUUCAUUGUCAUCAUUUUGAUAAUAUUUGAGGGAAAAAUUUUUUGAAGAUAUGAAUGGAAAAGCAAUUUCGUCUUGACGACGUGCGAGAUAGCCAAAUAGAGGCGCGAAUCGUCUAUUCGUGGAUAUUGUAAACGGGGUGUGUUUCUGACGUGUCGAUAUAUUCUCAGGAAGAAAAGCUCUGCUGUUGAAGCUGAGAAAUAGCUUGGCCCUCUCGUACCCCUCUACUUUCUCCUCUUGUGCUAGUUUAGCCUGUUGGUGUACACCCGCACCAUUCUAUAUAACCAUGUUUCCUACAUAUAUUAUCACUGCAAGGACAAUCCAUUGGCCCAUAUGGUGCAAAAUCUCAAACCAACCAAUGAGUCUUUCACCUGUAUUCAUAUAUCUGCCGUAUUCCGUUUCAGUAAAUGGAUGACGGUUUUGACUGAAUAGAGUCAUUGAUUGUUUUUUACAAACCUCCAUUGAAGAUCGGAAGUGAGAAUCGGCCAGGUGAUAUUAUUAAGGGACCACAUCAGAACAGAUAUUCAAAAAUUUUUUUCCCCGUCCAAUAUAUCCGAUUGAUUUUGCUCUCUGACUGAUGAUAUUUCAAAAUUAAAGUAAAAUAAUUGAUUACAAUAAUAUAUAAGUAUAGUCACAAUGGAGAAAUUCGUGAUGAAAAUCAGAUUGGAUGUUAAAUUUUGAUCUUGUCUUCAAUUUGGAAAUUCAAAAAAUAUUUUUCGAGAGAAAUUUGGAAUAUUCGAAUAUUUCCAGUGCAAUAUUGCUGAUAACGAGUAUUUUCAAGUAGGGUCCAGUGAGCAUGAAAGUGGAAAGUGGAGUGGCGACGAGUACAGCCCUUCAGAAGAUCAAGGUGAAAGAAGAAAAGGAAGAAUGCAGUGGCUUUCAACAGCAAACAGGGGCAUCUAUGUCAACGGCAACUACGACCGUCACAACCAUAACGAUCACAACACACUCAAAUGCCAACAGCAUCUCAGCAAACAACAACAACAACACCAUCACCAACACUACCUCGAGCUUAGGUUCUACUUCAAGUCUGCCAAUCGUAACUCCUUCAAUGACAACACUUGUACAACCAACCUCUGUAACUCGUCAGCCACCCGUCCUUAAAUCGAAUCUCAACAACAAUAAUUCAGAACAAUUUUUCAUUGAUCUUGAUGUUAAAGCAAAAACGAAGGUUACAUCAAAUUUAUCAAGAGAAAAAUUAUCAACUGCUGCCAUCAGAGAUGAAAGUAAUUUUGAUUCUGGAAAUGAACCAUCAAAUGCUCAAAAAUCGCAUCAUACCAAAAAUAAUAAUAAUAAUAAUAUUAAUAAUAAUAAUAAUAAUAAUAGUAAUAAUAAUAAUAAUAAUAAUAUUCGAUCGGAAAAUAAAGUUAAUUCAAGAUCAUCGGAUAACGAUAGUCCUUUAUCAUCAUCGCAAACACUUCAAAUUGAAAAAGAUGAAGCAUCAUCAAAAUUGGAAGAAAUUGUCAACAAUAAUUGUGAAGGAAAUGUAAAAUCUAAUGCAUCAAAAUCAAUUUCAACGAUUUUUUCUGGACACAGUAAAUUGAGACGACUUCUUGGUACUUUGGUUCAUUUUGCAAUGGAUAUAUCACCUGAUACUGGAGAUACUGUUAGAAGUCUUGUUAUUGGGUUAUUGAAUGGUGCAAUGUCAGCUGAGGAUUUUCAUUCUGCUUUACAAGAAGCUACAAAUUUUCCUCUCAGAGGAUUUGUACUUCCGUACCUGAAACACACAUUGCCUUCUUUACAGAGGGAUUUAAAUGCAGCCGCGAGAAUUAAUAAUCAGUCGUGUGUUCAAUAUUUACGUGCCAAUGAAUCGGCAGUUUUGGAAGCUGUUGGCUUAACUCCUUCAGGAGAAUCGGUGGAACUUUUUGGUGAAAAUGUUGGAAAUGGAAAUACAAGUGUUCCUGUACAAUAUGGAUUACGUUCCAAUUCAAAUCCAAAUGUUGCUGGUACUCCACAUUCAAAUAGUGUUCAUCAUUAUUCAGGAACGUCACAUUCAACUAAACGACGAGCUUCAGAUACACCUUACUAUGAAAAUGGAACAAUUGACGAUGGUCCAAUUUAUGGGAAACGAUCAUCAAAUCACUGGAGUAAUCAUCAUCAUCAUCAUCAUCAGCAGCAACAGCAAGAUUCCUCUUAUUGUUGGUAUCAACCAUUACAUUCGGCUGGUGGUUCAAUUCAAGGACAUCAGCAUUCACAUGGAUCGAGUAUUUUGCCAAAUCUUGUGCAAAUUAAUCAAUUGUCAACAUUUGCUGGGACACAUUUGCCACAUCAACAACAACCACCACCACCACCACCACAGUCAUCAUCAAUUAGUCAUAAUAAUACAAGUGGUCAAAAUGGAUCGAGUCUCGAUGAUGUAUGGAAGAAUAUUUACGUUAUGCUUGGCUGUAUAUCGAGUAUGGUUGAUAAAACAAAACAAGCAUUAACAAUACUUCAACGAAGAGGAUGCACAAGUCCUGCAACACCAUCAACAACAAAUGUUCAAAAUGGAAAUUCAACAAAUGGCGCUGAAAAUGAUAAUCGCGAUGGAAAUAUUAAACGAUUGUAUGGUGAAAAUGUUGCACAAACAAUACGUGCAACUGAGGAUAAAGUUGCUGAAGUUCAAAGAAGAGCUGAAGAAGCUGUUCAUGAAGUAAAAAGAGCAGCAGUUGCAGAAAUUCAACGAGCUGUAGCUGUUGCCGUUGCUGAAUCACGUGUAACGGAAAGAUAUCGAUUUUUUGAUUCGCCUUUAACACAAAGAGGAGUAUUACGUCAAAGUCCUUUUGUACGUGUUGCAAAUCAAACUGCAAACACUGCUGAAACAUCGAGAACUGCCAAUACUCCAAAUUCAAGAUGCACAGCUUCUUUAACAACUGACGAUGAAAAAGAUCCUCAUCUCACAAGAAUAAUAGGAUCUGGCUGCUGGAAUUGUGGUCGACAAGCACUAGAGACAUGUGGUGGUUGUGGAGUUGCCAGAUAUUGUGGAUCAUUUUGUCAGCAUCGUGAUUGGGAGGCCGGUGGUCAUCAUGCAAAUUGUAAUGGUCUAUCACGAGAUUUACGUCGAUCAUCAUCGCAAAGUCCACCGCGACUUGAUCCCAAUAGUGGAAAUGAAACUGACAGUAAAAAUAAUUCAACUGUCACUGCAUCAAUUUCCAUUAGUUCAAAAUCAAAGUGAUAUAUAAUUUAAAAAAAAAAAAAAUCCAUUUUCAAUCUCUCAAAUAAAAUAUUCAUUAUAUUGAGACAAAAUGUAAGUAAAUUAGCUUCGUUUAUAGAUAUAAUUAGUUCAAACUAUUAUGUUAUAUAUAUAUAUAUAAUUAAUAUUUAAAAAGUUAUUUAAUAUAAAAACUCAAAUAUCCUAGUCAAUUCAUCUAGAUUUAUAAAAUCUAUUCUAUAUGGACUUGUCGAUUAUUAAAAAUCAAAAAAUUAAUAUCCAAAUAUAAUAAUUCUAGUCACCGGAAUGAAUUUAGAAAAAAACAAAAAUUGUUCUAUAAAAUAUUUGUUUCAUAAUUAUUAUGAAACCAAUUUUUUUUUUUGAAAGAAGAAUCUUUUUAUAUAUUCGAAUAUUUAGGAAUCUUUGCUCAACUCUACUUACAAUUUAGAUUAAAAUAAAAAUGUAAUAUUCCCUAAAACUAAUGUUUUUCGUUACCAAAAAAUAUGCUUCUCAAUACGUGUUUCUCUAUGUAUAGAAUUAAAUGAGAAAUUUGUAUAAAAUAAAACCACUAAGUCCAUUAAAUAUAGUAUUUAAAUUUA